GGGCGGUGCGGGGUGGCGGCGCGGUGCUGGCGGCCAUGGCGCAGGCGGUGGCGGAGCCCGGGUGGGCCCCGUUGGUGGCGGCCGCGCGGCGGGAGCACGGGGCGGCGCUCGGGGCGCGGGCGGUGCUGGCGGCCUGGGCCCCCGGCCGGGUCAACCUCAUCGGCGAGCACACCGACUACAACGGCGGCUUCGUGCUGCCCAUGGCCCUGCCACUGGGGACGGUGCUGGUGGGAUCCCCCACGCAGGACGGGACCAUCUCCAUCCUCACCACCUCGGCGGAGGCAGAUGAGCCCCACAGGGUGCAGUUCCCGACCCCACGCUCAGGCAGCCCUCUGAGCCCGGGGCAGCCUCGCUGGGCCAACUACAUCAAGGGUGUCAUCCAGCACUACCGGGGUGGUCCUGUGCCAGGCUUCAGCGCCGUGGUAGCCAGUAACAUCCCCCUGGGCGGGGGCCUCUCCAGCUCGGCCGCUCUGGAGGUGGCUACUUACACCUUCCUCCAGCAGCUCUGUCCUGAUGAUGGUGAUUUGGUAGCCAAGGCACUGGCAUGCCAGAAAGCAGAACACACGUUUGCUGGCAUGCCCUGCGGGAUCAUGGACCAGUUCAUAUCUGUGAUGGGCAAGGAAGGCCACGCGCUGCUCAUUGACUGCAGGUCCCUGGAGACCACCCUUGUGCCACUGACCGAUGCCAGCCUGGCCGUCCUCAUCACCAACUCCAACGUGCGGCACACGCUGACGGGCAGUGAGUACCCCACGCGCCGGCGGCAGUGCGAGGAGGCAGCAGCGGCGCUCGGCAAAGCCAGCCUUCGAGAUGCUACCAUGGCCGAGCUGGAAGCGGCCAGGAGCCGGCUGGGCGAGGAGGUGUACCGGCGGGCCAGGCAUGUCAUUGGCGAGAUAGCACGGACGGUCCAGGCAGCACAAGCGCUGCAGGACAGGGACUACAGGAUGUUUGGGAGACUGAUGGUGGAGAGUCACAACUCGCUCAGGGACGACUACGAAGUGAGCUGCCCGGAGCUGGACGAGCUGGUAGUGGCAGCCCUGGAGGUCGAUGGGGUUUAUGGCAGCAGGAUGACCGGGGGAGGCUUUGGAGGCUGCACGGUGACGCUGCUGGAGGCUGGGGCUGCAGAGAGAGCCCAACACCACAUCCAGGAGAGAUUCAGCGGUACAGCCACCUUCUACCUCACCAAACCCUCCGGAGGGGCAAAGGUGCUGCCCCUGUAGAGGUGCAACCACCUUGCCUAGGCUGGGAUCGCCUCCCCCUGAGAGGCAGCCACUUGCCUCGAUUUGCAAGGGAAUCGUUUGCCUGUUUGCAUGAUUUGCCUAAUAAAUGCAAAACAUUUGCACA